AUAAUGCCUUUCUGUUCAUGAGACAGAUGAUUUGACCCCAUGACAUGAUAAUCGCUUGACCAUCUGUACGCUCUGACUCCAAACCCUUUUCUCAUCAAGAAAAUUGUACUCAAGAUCCUCAAUUCUCUACUACAUACAUCAACCCACAGAGUCAAGACAGUACAAUGCCGAGCGCAAACCUCGCCGCGUACCUCGCGAAGAACUACCUCACCGCAUCAACCUCUUCACCCGACCAUCACGGGUCCAGCGACUUCCAAGACUCCACGCGUCCCAAGAAGAAGCGACGCAAGGACAAACACCCACCACCCGACUCUGGUCUGAUAAUCGCAGACGAUGACGAGGCCCUUACGCUGAAGGGCAAUUCCAACAAAAGGGCGGACGACGAAGAUGGCGACAUCGCCAUGUACGAAACGGGCGUCAAGUCCGCAGAAUUCAGAAAGAAGAAAAGCGGGAUCGGAUGGAAAGUCGUCUCACAGCCGGAGACAUCAUCUACAACUACAACUACAAACACAAAAGGUGGAGAUGCAGAAGAGGCGGAAGCAGACCGUAUCUUAGCCUCAGCUGCAGAAGAAGCCGACGCUCGCCGGCGGGAGAUCGACGACGAAGAUGCGCCCGCCGUCGUCGAGGACGUUGACAUUGAUCACGGUCAGCCGCGAAUGUCCUCGGGAGCAAAGGCGGGCUUACAAACGGCCGCCGACACCGCGCUGAUGAUGGAGCGCGAGAAGGAACGUGAAGAGCGUGAACGAGAACGAGAACAAAACCAAAAAGGAUCAAUGUCCAAAUCUCGCCGGAAAAAGAACACCGAAGAAGUCCAAGAGGAAACGAUAUACCGCGACGCCACAGGCCGACGGAUCGACAUCAGCAUGAAACGCGCAGAGGCGCGGGCCGCGGAAGAAGAGAAACGCCGCGCGGAGCGACAGGCGAGGCAAGAUGCCAUGGGUGAUGUCCAGCGUCGAGAACGCGAAGCCAGACGUCAGGACCUCGAGGAGGCCAAAUUCCUCACCGUCGCGCGCGGGGCCGAGGACGAGGACAUGAACGAAGAAUUGAAGAGGGCCGUCCGAUGGGACGAUCCGAUGGCGGCGUAUGUGGCGCAGCAGCGGGCGGAAAAGGACGGCGCCGACCAAAAGGGCCCAGGAGGAACAGCGGCGGACAGAGGGAAAGGGAAAGGUGGCAGCAUCAAAGCAAAGACAAGAGUAUACGCGGGAGCCGCGCCGCCGAAUAGGUACGGGAUAUUACCUGGCUGGCGGUGGGACGGGGUCGAUCGGGCCAACGGGUUCGAGAAGGAGUGGUUCCAGGCCCGAAGUCGAAAGGGUCGGAAUGCGGAGCUGCAGUAUCAGUGGCAGAUGGAUGAAUAAGAGUCGAGUCCUUGCUUUACUUGUGCUGGAGCUUGAAACGCCAAACGCACACGCGCGGCCAAGCAGCGCGCGCUCUACGAUGGUGAUCAAGUAUAUUCUAUCCGUACAUGCGAGGUUCAAUAAGUACAAGUACUACACAGCCCAUGAACAAGAAACGUGUGGAUUAGGUAUGAGGAAAC